AUAUGUGGCCCAAAAUGGGCGUUGGGCCUAAUCCCAACAUUACUUCCCCCUCAACGUUCGGUUGACGAACUGGAUGGAGAGUCUGGUCAGCAUGGCGUUUGGCCCUAAAGAUGAGGAGGGAUACUUUGCGCUCAUGAACGACCUCACGUAUGGACGGCCUGACCGGCUUGAAGGCAUGGUGCCUGGCCAGAUGUGCCAGUGCACGCUGGCCUUAUUCCGAGCAGGUGUGAGGAGUUGGUUUUACGACCGGUCGAGCUCGGUGCUAGUUAGAGGGUCGAGCAGCCGCGCAAGAGUGACCUUGCAUGAGGAGUUCCCUGCGACGGAGCUGAGGCGAGCAGAUAGUGAACGAGCUGAACGCACCGACCCUAGACGGGCAGAGAAUAGCGACCACACUCGUCACUUCGAUAUAGGUCUCUGGGAUACAGAGCAGAACCUGAGAUUUCCAGCGAAAACACCUUCAACUACUCAGGUAAAAAUGGCUUCUUUCCACGAUGCACGAGAGUUCCGGGGUAACCAAGGUGAAGAGGAGGAUGUCGAUGUGAUAUCCGUGGAGCCUAUCGCGAUGAUAGUGCCACCGGAGUUGCAGGAUUCGCCUAGAAUCGCCGCGCCUGAGAAUGACGCCCGUUUGAGCGUAAGUGGUGGUUCUGAGGACCACCAGCCUUCAACCUCCAGUGAUUCAUCCACGGAAGAGACAGCGAGUGAAGCGGAGGGCGUUGAGGAGGUUGGUUGCAGUGCACCGGCGACAAGUGCAGCAACGGAGGUGGUAGUGUUUGAGGGAUGGGAAAGCAAGGUUCUCAGUGGGAGGCUGAGCAAUCUCUGCAAAGCUCCCAAAACACUACCGGCCGGGUUCAGGUUCAGGGCGGCACUGCAUCACGAAGUUGCAGAUGGCGCGGCAACAAUGAAGGGGUAUAUAAAAUUAGAAGAGAUGGUGAGGAGGUACCAGAUCCCCAGAACCAUCUUGAUCCGAGCUGGGACAUCGAACAAGCGGGCGUGCUCAGUGUCGCGGACGGGCUGGGUGCCAGUGUACGUAGACCAUUUUGACGCUGGUCUACGUUUUCCUCUGCCCGGACUAAUUUUUGACGUCCUGGCAGAGUACGAGCUGGCCCUUUCGCAACUUACUCCCAACAGCAUAAAGUUCAUCAUAGGCUUUAUGCUGUUGUGCAAAAGGCUGGGGAUACCUGCAAAGGCGGUGGUCUUCAGGUCGCUCUUCCUGUGCUGUUUGUGCCUGUCAACCAAUGGGACGAGGUGGUACUACAUCUCGGGCAGGGAGAAGAUGAUGAUAUUCACCAAUAUCAGAAAUAAGGUGGCGAGGUGGAAGAGACAGUUCGUGUUCGUGCGGGAUAUGCGAACUGACAGGAUUAACAACAAGCUGGCCGCCCGUCUGUCAGAAUGGCGUACACCGAACACAUACAUGAACUACCCCCAGCUGACCAGUGGUGAUGUCGACCUGAAGAACCGGCUGCUCGACUAUGUGAAGGCGAGGGGUUUGGUAGAUCUGGAGGCCUUGGUUACCCCGGACCAGAUCGCACUUCUAAGGUUUGUCGACGUGGCAAACCUUCAUGGAGAAGGAGAAAUGAGCAGCAUCCUCGAGAGGCAAAGACAGCGAGCUCAGGGUUCCCGUGGUCGCGGGCAGCAGAGGCAGACACGGUUUGACGAGCGGCCGCUUGCAGCCCCUGGGCACGGCUCUCAGCAUAGAAGCACCAGCUCGGCACAGAGGCCGCGUGCCGAGCAUAGAGUUGAGCCUGUGCCCUCCAGCUCUAGAAGGCGUGUGAGGGAAGACUCUGAUGCUGACGUGGAGGACAACGUUCCGCUCAUCCGGCGUAGGACAAGCACCGGCACGCAGCCCGCCUCCGCCGAUGCUGCACGACUUGCGAGCGUGCACCAGGCGCCAGCUCGUGAGGCUGCUGAGGCCGCACCAACCUCAUCGUCUGUUGUGGGGCCAAGACCGGCUGCGUGCAAAGGGGCACGUUCAGCAGCAUGGAGGACAUGCUACGCUGAUAAAGCUGAUGGAUGUGUUCAGCUAUACUGUCGCACUCUUCGAGUGCGACUGAAGGAAGAGCUCCAACGGGCUCAGGCGGAGAAGGAAAGCGGCAUUCAAGCUGCUAAGGAGGAGACCGGACGUGCAGAGGACUGGGCUAAGAGGGCAGAAGCUGAGAGAGAAAGGACUCUGCACGAGCUGGGCACCCUGAGAGAUAGGGUCUCCCAAGCAGACCAGCACGUCGUUUGGGGUGAGGCGUCCCUGGAGAGCACAAAGAGGCUUCACCAGCGCGACGUCUACUUUUCCCGUGCACAGGGGGCUGAGUGGCUGGUGGGGGCUGAAAUGUUCCAGGACGCCGUCGCAGUCGCCUCUGCUAACACCACCACGGACAUUUUCAAUGAGGGCGAGGAGAUCGAUAGUGAAGGGAAAAGUCUCGCCUCUCCAGCAGAUACAAGGGUUAGGCUGAAAUGGGAGCUCAAUGAGGAGGGGCUGCCCGUGUGGCCCCCUGCUAUAGUGGAAGAAGGGGAGGACACAGAGGGGUUGCCAAGCUUUGACGCUUGGGUGGCAGGCCCCCAGGACGUGUCUACUGAAACUUCUAGCACUCCUCCUGCUCAGCCUCAACCUCCGCCCGCUGCAGCCACUGUUUCUGCUUCUUCUCCGCCAGAUCGGCCAUCUCCUGCUCGGUCUACUUCAGAGCCCAACAACGCAUCCGUUCCCGUCGACCUGACGGAUGAUUAGCUUAGGAUUUUUGUUGUUUUUGUAUUUCUUUUUUGUGUUAAUCAAUGAAUUCGUUUACC